AUUAUAAAAUAAGAGGAAAGGGAGAAUAUUAGAGAGAGAUAUGUAGAAGGUAAUUGUGUUGUAUUCUUCUCAUUUCAAUAUACCAUGUUUUAUAUAUACAUGAUGAGCAUAAUGUAACCUUCAUGGACAAUUAAGGUUCCAUUUAAUUGGGGGUUACAAAGGAGGUAAUGACAAAUGGGGGUUACAAGGAGGUUACAAUGGCUGGCAUUAUACUAAGGGUGUUACAACUUACAAGCCAUAAUGACUAUCCACAAUAAAUAUAUUUUAUAACAGGGCACGAGUUUUUUUUUCUAUUUUUUUGUAUAAAUUAUUUUCUUCAACUAGAUCUAUGAUAAAAGUAUUUAAGAUUAUUAUUCGUAUCAUACAUGAAAACAAUAAUAUUGAAGUGAAGUAUUUAACUUAUAGACCUGAGGCAUCGUCCGGACUAAACACUAGGUAAAUAAUUAAAAAAAUAUAAAAAUAAACAAAUACUAGAUGAUGAAUUAAUUACCCCAAUCGUUGAAAAAUCUGAUGAAGAUGGGUCCAGAUGAAUUAGAAAACCGACACGUCGCAGUAACGGACAAUUACAUGGACAGGAUGACUUGCCCGGGCAGAGAAAGAGAGGAGGUCAGUCUCAGAAGAAACAAUACUUGUCAGAUUUCGGUAUUUGAAUUCCAAACCCCACUUUCUUCACUACUACAGUACACUACUCUCGCAAUUUACCCCAAAAAAAAAAAAAUUUUAAACCCUGAAAAUUUGAAGAGAGAGAAAAAAAUAUUCGAGCUAGAAAGUCCGCCAUUAAUGGCUGCCUCUUUUUGUUUUUUCACUUUCUAUCCUUUACCUCUGCUUCCUGUUCUUUUCUCCUCUUUUUGUUUUUUUAUCAUCUUUUACUCUAGCAUCUAACUAGAUUCUAUAAAUUUGUCACAUUUCAAUUUUUGAAUUUGAAUCAAAAUUAAGGGUUACUUUUUUUUUUUACUUAUAUUUGUUUUUAGUUUUUAAUGUAGCAAAAUAGGAGAAAAAAGGGAAAGCAGUUUAAAUGACUGAAAAUGGACAGAUUUCGGCGAAGAAGACCGCAUGCUAGGGUUUCAUCGCCUUCAGUCAAUGUUUCCACCAUUGUUGAUCGAGGAAACCAGCUAGUUGGAAAGCAGAAUAGGUCGCCGAAUUCAGGUUCUCAUUCGGGUUCUUGCAGUAGCAUUGCAACUUCGGAGUUGUUAUUUGAUUUGGGAAGAGGUAGUGGAGGGCUGUCAACUGGUACCACUAUGAAGAAGUUAUUGGCUGACGAGAUGUCUAAGGAAACUGAAUUUGGAAGACGAUCACCAAGCAUUAUUGCUAGGUUGAUGGGUCUUGAUGGGUUGCCUACUCCGCACAACACUAACAAAAAGCAGAAGAGGCAGUCUGAUAGUCAUCAGCGGGGUUCUAAUUCAGCUGGGUUUUCCAAAAAUGGCAAACUUCAUGACAGCCGAUCGCACAGGAAGAAUGUAACGGGGCAACAGCCGUUUAAAGAUGUGUAUGAAGUUGUGGACGGAUUGAAUAUGGAAAUCAGAAGCAACACUUUCCAUGCAGCUUCCAAUCGGACUUCCUGUGAGGAUGAGAUUAGCUUCAUAAGGCAAAAAUUCAUGGAUGUCAAGCGUUUUUCUACUGAUGAAAACCUGCAGCAUUCAAAAGAGUAUCAUGAUGCACUUGAUGUGCUUGAUUCUAACAAAGAUCUGUUGUUGAAAAUUUUCCAGGAGCCUGAUUCUUUAUUUUCAAAGCAUCUUCAUGACUUGCACGAUUCUCCUGAAUCUUAUAUAAGGUGUGUAUUGGGAAUGAACUCCAAGAAUGCUUUAAAAUGUAAUAUUAAUGUUAUAGGGUGUCAGACAACUGGUGAAGCUUCUCAAAAAAUCGAUAUUAGACAUUCGCAUAAACAUUCGGCUAGCUGUUAUGGUAACAUGUACACUCCACAUAGUACAGAUUUGCAUAAUUCGAGUUUCUCAGGCGGUAAUGAGGAUACUUCAUCAAAUCCAACAAAAAUUGUGGUCUUGAAGCCUAAUCUGUGCAAGUCACUCAAUAUCACUAAAUCUGCAUCGUCCACCAGCACUUGUGAGCCGCAGUCUGAUUUCAACUUGUAUAAUGAGUGCUCGAAUGUAAAGCAUCUUGGACCUGAGGUGAGGUGUAAGGGAAGCAAGCAUGGUGAUUCAUACAAUUAUGGGAGAAAAUCUCGGGAAUCUAGAGAGCUGGCUAGGGAAAUUACUCGUCGAAUGAGAAAUAAAUUAGGAGCCGAUUCCUUUACUGUUUCAUCAUCCGGAUGUAAUGGGUAUAAAGGAUAUUCUGCUGAUGAAAGUUCUCACGAUACAUCUGAAAAUGAUUCGUCCGAUGAAUCAGAGGUCACUUUUGCAAGUUCCCGAACUUCAUCUAACAGGAUAGUUCCUAACAAAGCUUCAUCAUUACGCUACAUGGAGUCUUCUGUCAAUAUAGAGGCCAAAAAGAGACUCUCUGAGAGAUGGAAAAUGACUCACAGGUCUCAAGAGCAUGGAGCGUCUAGUAAAGGCAGCACACUAGCUGAUAUGCUUGCUAUUCCAGAUGUAGACAUAAGGCCACAGAGCCCGGACAUUGUAGUUCCUCAGGAUGAGCAUUUACAGACAUCUGGGAGGAAUGAUAAAACUGCAAAACUUAAUUCUCCUUUGGGUAUUAGCAGUAGGGAUGGCUGGAAGGAUGGCUGUGUUCAGAAACUAUCAAGGUCUAGGUCUCUUCCAUCUUCCAUUAAUCACCUUGGAAGUCCUAAAUCUAACUCAAGGAAUGAAGCAAUUACUGCAGAAAGGUUUCUGAUUCGAAAAGAAAGCGUUGAUCAUAUGAGAAACAAGUCUAUUAAGAGGAAUUCUAGAAGAAAGGGUGUAUCUUUUUCAGAUAGCAGGAAACCUAAUAAUGAGAAAUUUGAGUCUGUUGAUGUAAAGGUAGAUAUGGUUGAUGAUAUACAUAAAGUGCAAUGCAGUGGAAACAUGAUAAAUAUUACCACUGACGAGAAGGAUUCACCUGAUGUAAAAACUGUGAUUCUAGAGGUGCCAUCAAGUAGAAAUGAUUCACGUCUAGCCCUUGUGGAAAAGGAAAAGAACAAUGUUUAUGAUGAACCAGCUACGGCAUCUCCGUCCUGUAAUAUACCAGAAGAUGGUUCCUCUACAAAUGACAUGCCAUCUUUGCCACAGGUAGGAGAUUCCUCUUGUCUGCAGUGUGCUGCAACUCAUGCAGAUUCUCCUGCAAACAGCAAGGAGUCUGAGCAACCGAGUCCUGUUUCAAUUUUGGAAGCCCCUUUUGUUGAAGAUGUUUCAUCUGGUUCAGAGUGUUUUGAGAGAGUCAGCGCUGAACUUCAUGGGUUGAGAAAACAACUUCAGCUUCUUAAGCUGGAAUCAGAAGGUUACAAUGAAGGAUCUCUGGUCGUUUCCAGUGAUGAAUACGGGGAGGAUUCAACCGAGUUGCAUGAUGGCAAGCACUUUCCUCAAGUUGGAGAGUGCUGGGAAUCUUGGUACUUGGUAGAUGUGUUGACCCUCUCUGGGCUUAAUAAAACUGAUUCUGAGUUGUUUCAUGGAACAUGGCACUCCCCAGAUUGUCCUAUUGACCCCUGGGUGUUUGAAGAUCUAGAGAAGAGAUAUGGUGAAUUGGAGUCAUGUUCAAGAUCUGAGCGAAGACUGUUAUUUGACCAUAUAAAUGCCCGAAUAGUAGAGAUCUCUGAGCAAAUUGUAGAUUUGGAGUCGUGGACAAUGACAUCAAGAAAGAAUAUUGGUCCACAAUGGUUGAAAGAUGUACUUAAAACUGAGCUUCAUAAACUUCUUGAGAAGCAGGAAAACAAGGUAGCAGAAAAUGCCAUUGACAUGUUGAUACUCAGUGACAUGAGGUGGAUGAAGCUAGGAGAGCACAUCAGUGCUGUAGGUAGGGAUAUUGAAGUAUUGUUAAUAGAUGAGCUAAUAGCAGAAUCCAUCAUUGGGUAGAGAGGCCUCAGCAUCUAAUUUAAUGUAUAUGUGUAUGAACUGAGCGAUCAGUUCGGUAGAGGACAAUAAGCUGUCUGAAAAAUCUGUAGGAAUUUUUUUACAAGAAAUAAGAAUUAGGAUGAUGUAUCAACUUAUCAGCUCCAAGUAUAUUAAUCAUAGUGUUAAUGUUAUUAGCUCAUUAACAUCGUUAGUCCUC